UGACUGGGGCCCCUGUUGAAUGUGGUGCUGUGCAGGGAAGAGGAGGACAGGGGCCGGGCUGGCUGCAGGGGUCUCGCUCCCCAUUCUCACUGAGCAUGCCCAUCAUGUAGGCACCCUGAUGGGUGACCCCGUUGCAAUGGUGACCUUGCUGCCCAACAUCCCUGAGGCAGGGCUGGCCCAGAGCCAAGCCGGGGAGUUCAUCUUCCUGCUUGAUCGCUCUGGCAGCAUGGGUUGUCCCAUGGAUAGCAGCACCGGCCACCCACUGCGCAUCGACAGUGCCAAGGAUACCCUGGUCCUGCUUUUGAAGAGUUUGCCCUUGGGCUGUUACUUCAACAUCUACAGCUUUGGAUCAAACUUCAAGUCCUUUUACCCACAGAGUGUCGAGUACACCCAGGGAACCAUGGCUGACUCCCUGAAGCGCGUCCAGUCCUUCCAGGCAGAUCUGGGAGGCACUGAGAUCCUGCGGCCACUACAAGCCAUUUCAGCCCCCCCAGCCACUACAAGCCAUUUAUGGCAGCCCUUGCCGGGAUGGGCACCCUCGCCAG